GUUCAAACUUAUUAGGUAAGGACCUUUUAGUCAGGCGUAGUACAGUUUCGUCAUCAAAUGCAGCUGCCUUCAAUGUUCAUGAAUUGUUAGAGCUUAAGAGGAAAGUCUAGUAGGUUCGCGACGUGACUCCCUUUUAACAUUCUUCAUCUCUAGGUGCUGGUACCACAUUACAGAUUCUUUUCUCAAACAAAGCCACCAUUAUACUCCCUCCAUCUUUUAGGAAACCCAAACAACGUAUAACUUAAGCUUAUCAAGUCACUAUAUAACCCCACAUCCUCAUCAUGUACCGUGGAUUCAAUCCUCUUGACCCCGACGAUCCCGCCGCCAUGUCGUUCAUGGCCCGAUCUGGCUUGAUGCGUGGCUCCGGCAUGCGCCGCUUCGACGAGUACUUCCGCUGCUACCCCCUCGUCAUGGCCCCCGGCGCCGAGAGACCCGAUUUGAACUACGGCUCCAAGAUCUUUCUGCCCCCUUCAGCACUCCAGAAGAUAUCGCAAUUACAUGUCCAGUGGCCCCUUAUGAUGGAGUUGCUAAAUGGCGAGAAGGGGGUGCAAACUCACGCAGGUGUUUUGGAGUUUGUUGCGGAGGAAGGUAGAGCUUACCUACCGCAAUGGAUGAUGCAAACACUGCAACUGGACGUCGGCGAUAUGAUUCAGAUCAAAUCCACUUCCUUGGAGUUGGCCAAGAUGGUGAAGCUGCAACCCCAGUCUACCAACUUCCUCGAGAUCAGUGACCCCAAGGCCGUCUUAGAAAAGGCAUUUCGAAACUUCGCCACCCUGACCAAGGGUGACGUCUUUAACUUCGAAUACAACGACGAGGUCUACGAGGUGGCAGUACUAGAAGUGAAACCGGAAACGGAGAAGAUGGGUGUAUGUAUGAUCGAGACAGACGUAUCCGUUGAGUUUGCGCCACCAGUAGGAUACGUUGAACCACAGAAGGGCAGUGGGACAAGUACGCCGAGAAGUACUGUGGGUGGGCUUCCUGUUGGUGGUAUGAUGCACCCGCAGGGUACGAUGGCACAAUCCAUCAACUAUGAUGCUAUUGCGCCCAACUCCACCACAGCAGCGGCCGGGGCCCGGGCUGUCUCGUCUCAUUUCAUCAGUGAGGGCCACAAGCUGAAUGCCAAGAAAGGCUCAAAAGCCCCAACGCCUAAACCUUCGACUCCUGUUCCUGGCACCUCUUCAAGAGCAGUCCCUAUUCCGCCAAGACGGACGAACGGUCCUAUGCCUCUGCGAUUACCUCCCAACAAACUGUUCUUUGGCUACGAAAUCAAGCCGUUGAAGACGGACGCGGACAAAGAAGCCGAGAAGGAGAACGCGAGCAAACCACACUUCGCAGGACAAGGCCAAACUCUAAGAGGAGUGGUCAAGAAGAAGGGUGAUGGGGAGGAUAAGGACAAGGGCAAGGCGCCAGAGAAGAAACCGAGCGAAGGGCGCCGACUUGAUGGAAGAUAGGCAUCGAGAAACUGAACAAUACUGGGACAAGCCGGCGUUAAGGGGUUUCUAGGCACGUAGUCAUACAGACUCGAUAGACUAACAUAGGUGGCCAUAAUAUUACAUCGCUUCAAUUUGCGUAAUAAGAAGUACGCAUCUUGAUCAUAAUGAAUACAGUAGUAAGGAAAUUCGUGGACUAGGUAUUCCAUACUCUGUUCGUAAAGGAAUAACACAUUUACACACAUACUAAGAUGUGGAAUACAAUACAAGAUCUUGGGUUCGACCCCGAGAACAUGAUUUUCUCUUUAAAC